AUGGGUGAGGAGGGCCUACGGAUUGGUGGGCUUUCUUCUGGUUUGGCUGUGGUUCUGAAUGGAAAGGGCAAAAAAGAGGGUUCUGGGAACUCCCACCUUGUGUCGUAUUGUGAUGAUUUUGGUGAUCAGUCUGUGGAGCGAACUCUUGAGCACAUACUCAAUCUCCCUUGCAAAACUGUUAAUCUGUUGACACGCCCAGUUGAUACUAAUGUGGUUCACUCUAUAAUAAAGAACGAAUUCUAUAAGUACCAUCCUGACUUGAAAACUGCUAUUAGAAACAGAGAUGGGGUAUCUACAAUUGGCGAGGUUGUUGGGCUAGAGGAAUCGAGCAUCUGUGGCGAUAUUCGAGUUGUUAAAUCACCAUUGCUAGUGGAAAGUCAUGCUCUAUUCAGUAGUGCAAGGGCCAAUGCAUGUGUAUGGAAAGGGAAAUGGAUGUAUGAAGUGAUUCUUGAAACUUGUGACGUGCAGCAACUGGGUUGGGCUACUGUUGCAUGCCCCUUCUCUGAUCAUAGGGGCGUAGGUGAUGCAGAUGAUUCUUAUGCAUAUGAUGGGAAAAGAGUCAGCAAAUGGAACAAGGAAGCUGUGCCUUACGGCCAGUCAUGGGUUGUUGGCGAUGUAAUUGGGUGUUGCAUAGACUUGGAUUGCGAUGAGAUAUUGUUCUAUAGAAAUGGCGUCUCUCUUGGAGUGGCAUUUGGUGGGAUUCGUAAGGUGGUGCCUGGAUUGGGCUAUUAUCCUGCCAUUUCCCUUUCUCAAGGUGAACGCUGUGAGUUAAAUUUUGGGGCUUACCCAUUCAGAUAUCCAAUUAAAGGCUUUCUUCCCAUUCAGGCUCCUCCCUCCUCAAAUGCUCUUGCAACCAAUCUAUUUCAUUGCCUUUUGAGGCUGUUGGAAAUGCAGCGUCUCAAGAGGGCAGAAUUUGACACUGUUGAGAAGCUCAGAAGAUUGAAACGAUUCACAUCAUUUGACGAAUUGUCUCAUCCCGUCUUUCAUGCAAUUUGUGGAGAGUUAUUCGCUGUUCUGGCUGCUGAAACUGGCAGUGCAGAUUAUGUAGGACGGGGAUCCUUUUUGUCAUUCAUAAUGGAAACUUUUAGAGUGCAUCCACCGCAUGACUAUACAACAUCAUUGAUCCUUGCAGAGUGUCCUUAUUCUGGUUCAUAUAGCUAUCUUGCUUUAGCAUGCCACAUUUUGAGGCGAGAAGACUUGAUGGCCCUCUGGUGGAAGUCUUCAGAUUUUGAAUUCUUGUUUGAAGGUUUCCUCUCGAGGAAAGGCCCAAACAAACAUGAUCUUCAAUCUUUGAUUCCUUCUGUUUGGUGGCCUGGUUCAUAUGAGGACAUGUCCAACGAGAAUAGCAUGAUGCUAACGACAAAAGCUCUAUCUGAAGCGAUUGAUAAGAUAGAAGAGAAGCAAAGGGACCUCUGUCGCUUAGUCUUGCAAUUCAUACCACCUGUCACACCUCCUCAGUUGCCCGGUUCAGUGUUUAUGACAUUUUUACAUAAUGUUUUACUGAAGAGCAGGGGUGCAGACCGUAAUAUGCCACCUCCUGGAGUGUCAAAUAACUCUGUCCUUGUUUCUUUGUUUACUGUUAUUCUCCAUUUCUUAUCAGAAGGUUUUGCUGUUGGGGACAUCUAUGACUGGAUCAAGGGCUUCAGAAUUAAUUCUGGAGCUGAUAUAGGUUUCCUUCACAGGGGCGGCCAACAAAGCUUCACUGCUGGCUUAUUUCUAAAGAAUGAUCCUCAUCGAGUUGACAUUUCCAGGCUUGGAGGAUCUUAUAGUCAUCUAGUGAAAUUUCAUCCUGUAGAUGAUCAACAGGAGGAAGAAAUUGUUCGGUGGGAAGAAGGGUGCAUGGAUGAUGAAAAAAGCAGAGCUACACAUUUCAGUGGGCCAAAACCAUGUUGCUGUUCUAGUUAUGAUGCUGAUUUUUCAAAAAAUUCUAAGAAUUCCAUAAGAUAUUCAACGAAGGGUUCUCGAGGAAGUUGCAGCUCUAUUCCAGAGAGAUCUGCUCAUGUUGCGGCUGAAUGCAGUACUGGGAAUCUGAAUGACGAGAUAUCUGAUAAACCGAGUACAAGCGACCACUCUGACUCUGAGUUUGGUUUUCGGCCUAUGCAGCAGAUGAGGAUAUUACCCAGGGAGAACAAAUUUUCUUCAGCUACUCUGAAAGAGGAGGAGCUUCUAGAUGCUCUGCUUUUGUUGUAUCAUUUGGGUCUUGCACCGAACUUUAAGCAGGCAUCAUCUUUCAUGUCUCGUCAGUCACAAUCAAUAUCACUGCUGGAUGAAACUGAUAAGCAAAUCAGAGAUAGAGUUCAUGGGGACCAAGUGAAGCGCUUGAAGGAGGCUCGCAGAGUUUAUCGAGAAGAAAUUAUGGAUUGUGUCAGACAUUGUGCUUGGUAUCGCGUUUCUCUUCUCUCUUGUUGGAAGCAGAGGGGAAUGUAUGCAGCAUGCAUGUGGAUAGUUCAAUUACUUCUAGUUCUUAGCAAAGUGGAUUCUAUCUUCAUCUAUGUUCCCGAAUAUUAUUUGGAAACCGUGGUUGACUGCUUUCAUGUUCUGCGUAAAAGUGACCCUCCAUUUGCCCCUGCUGCAAUGUUCAUUAAGCAAGGACUUGCGUCUUUUGUUACUUUUGUUGUUACCCACUUCAAUGAUCCAAGGAUUUUGAGUGCUGAACUGAGGGAUCUUCUUCUCCAGUCAAUUUCCGUCUUGGUACAGUACAAGGAUUUUUUAGCUGCUUUUGAAUGCAAUGAAGCUGCAACCCAAAGGUUGCCAACAGCUUUAUUAGCAGCCUUUGAUAAUAGAUCGUGGAUUCCUGUGACCAAUAUACUUCUGAGGUUAUGCAAGGGUUCUGGCUUUGGUUUUCCAAAGCGUGGAGAGUCAUCGUCAUCAUCAGUCAUAUUUCAGAAAUUGUUGCGGGACGCUUGCAUUAGCAAUGAAGAAUUAUUCUCAUCUUUCCUCAAUCGCUUGUUUAACACUCUCAGCUGGGCCAUGACUGAAUUUUCUGUUUCAAUUCGUGAAAUGCAAGAAACUUACAAGGUGAUGGACUUCCAACAGAGGAAAUGUAGUGUUAUAUUUGACCUCUCCUGCAAUCUUGCAAGGGUAUUAGAGUUUUGUGCUCGCGAGAUGUCUCAAUCUUUUUUGUUGGGAACAGAUACAAACUUGCGAAGGCUGACUGAAUUGAUUGUGUUUAUACUGAAUCAUUUAAUUUCUUCAGCUGAUCCGGAGCUAUUUGAUCUAACGCUUAGGCGUCCUGGUCAAUUUACUGAGAAGGUUAAUAGAGGCAUGAUUUUAGCACCGCUGGUUGGCAUUGUACUGAAUUUGUUGGAUGCUAGCAGAGAGAGAGACUGUGAGGAGCAGAAUGAUAUUGUUGCAGUAUUUGCUAGUAUGGACUGUGCUGAUACCAUUCUCUGUGGGUUUCAGUAUCUCAUCAACUAUGAUUGGACAGGGUCCUUCAGAGGGGACGAUCAUCUUGGUAAAUUAGCACAACUAGAAAAAUUUUCAAGCCUGUUGAUCUGUCAGGCAGAAUUGCAAGAAGUUCAGAAGAGAGUUUGUCUGGGAGAAUCAGACACUGAUGAUGGCAUGUGCUGCAUAUGUUAUGCUUGCGAAGCAAAUGCUGAAUUUGUACCGUGUUCCCAUGUUUCUUGCUAUGGUUGCGUAUCGAGGCACCUCCUCAAUUGCCAAAGAUGCUUCUUUUGCAACGCAACAGUCGUAGGAGUUGUUAGGAAGGAUGCAAAUGCUCCUUGA